AUGGCACCGCCCGAUGCGGACCAAGGAGAGAACUUGUUCCAUCGCCUCCCUCUUGAACUGAAGUUCAUGGUAUUCGACCUGCUCCUGGUAAGAGAGCAUCAAGACCUCAUCUUCCACGCAGAAGCGAAUGACGGCAAUCUUGAGAUGCUGCAGAAGGUCCAGGCCUGGGACGAGGCUGUGUUUGAGGAUGCAGCGACCUAUUUGAUUCGGGAUGGCGCCUCCCGUUUCAUCUUCUACAGCGACCGCGAACCGCGCCGUGCGCUCUACCAGUCCCUUCGGCGGUUGCCGGAUACCUUUCGCCGUAGGAUUACACGAGUGUGUUUGCCCAACUUCACACUGUUCAGUGGAUACUGGCAGAGUCUGAUGGACUACUAUGAACAAGCCGAUCGCACGAACGCUGUUGCCGGCAUGUCUCUUCUGCAGCUCGUGUUCCCUCGCAUUCGUCAACUUGACAUUGAACUGCAUCUAGCCGAAUUCUUUCUCCGCGUUACCGACCGUACUAAGCCCAUGAAAAAUUGCCACUUGCUCCCGAUCUUUCGAGUGCUGGAAUGUCUCCGCAACUACCCAAAGAUUGGAGACAUGCAGAUCAGGGUACGUUGGAUUCGCAAACCCGGUUGCGGUGUAGCAGCCCGAGGCAUGGAGUGGCUUUAUAAUCAGCCUCAGAAGCGUGGGGAAUUGGAGGAGAAAGUGCUGGGAGCUCUGAGAGGGAGGAUCCCGGCGAAGAGUAUCGAGGAUACGCCUGCAUGGGAGUGA